AUGACAUACAUAGAAGGACGCCUCGAACUCGAAAUCAACCCCAACCUCACCCAUUUCGUGGGGUGCCACGGCAUGGGCCUUUUCGGAAAGAAGAAUCCCAAGUGGUACCCUUGCGUUGUCACGGAGGACAACCAAGACGGAACCAUCAAGGUCCGAUGGGUCGACGAUGGGAGGUUCACCAAGCAGUUUCCUGUGGAGAAGUUCCGCCCGGAUACCCAAGUGGGAGCUAUGAUCGAAAGAAUCACAAACAAAAAAAGAAAAGGCUACUCCGUCAAAGAGGGCAUCUCUUCCCCAACAGAAGACGGUUCGCGCCUUACCUUUGAGUUUGUGGGAGAAUCAGUAUUCUUUGAAAUGUUCCACAAUCGGUCCAGCAAAGCCGCGCGCGAGCAUGAACUCAUGGUGGAGAUUUCUCGCUCUCCAGUCGAAGGUUUGGCCUUGUGCAGUGAUCGAUGGGAGCUUUCCGCAACGGCUGUGGUGGCCGUCCUUGAGGGGUCUCGCUCCACAUUGCGGAAACUAAAGUUGCACUGCGUAAGAUUUGGCGGCCGAGUCAGUGAAUUCUUGGCCGCUUCAAUAGAGAGCCACCCCUUCCUCGAGGAGAUUGAUUUCAAGGGCCUGGACGUUAAUGAAGGUGGGCACGUGGAUUGGUACCGGUUCAUUGUUGCGUUGGCAACGUGCCCUCGGUUAAAGUGCGUCACGAUUGAGUUCUCUGAUAGCAUGGGAAACCAGAAGUGCGAUGAAGGUCACUCGAUCGGGGAUGCUUUCGCCCGGUUGUGCGCCUCACCCUGCCUAGAAACGUUGAUCCUUGUGAACUGUCCCUUUGUCCAAACGGAGCCCCUGGUCGCCGUCUUUAAGACCCUCGAAGCAAGCACAACCUUGAAACAUUUGACCAUCCAAUCGGAUUGGAGGAUCAAGAAACCGCAACUUAUCAACUGCCUUGCCACAAUGCUGAAAAAGAGCAAGUCAAUCGAAACCUUGUCGAUCCCACUGAGAAUCGGCUCAGCGACCCCAGUUGCGCUGGCAUUGUAUACAAACCGGACACUCAAACGUUUGGAGUUACGGGAGGGCGGAUACGAUUGUGCCAAUAGCAGGUUCUACAGCGGCGCGGCGAAUGCUUUGGCCAACAAUAGUGUCUUGACGCACCUCAUCGUGUCUGGGAAAGAUGUUUUAACCAUCUCCGAUCAACUUUGCAAGAACUAUGACUUUGAACACAAUGGCGGGGCGGUCUACCGAAAGCUUCUCUUGUACCUCAGAAUGAACCAAGCCGGAAGGGCAGACCUGUUGCUCGAACGAAAAUCAGAGAGGGAGGUGGUCGAAACCAUUGCUGCUCACGCGGAAGACACGGACAUGACAUUCUGCUUCCUCAAGAUGAACCAGUCCUUUUUCAAGGCAAAAAUAAAAGCCAAGCCAUGA